AUAAGCUAAGUGUACAAACAUUUUGUAACUAUACCAAGUUCUUUUUUCGAGCAACUAACUAUACCAGUUCUAAUUCUAAAUACAUAUAUAAAUACAAACCACAUGCUUUAGCUCUCUAUCACACAUACAUCUCCUCCAUCCAUCCCACAAGAAGUAAGAUAAAAAGAAACCUUUUCACCAAUGUCCAAAGACUGUGAGAAGCACGGAGGAGGCGGGGGAGGAACCGCCAGGAGAAUAUGCGGAGUGAUCAUCGGCUUCAUCAUCAUUGUCUUGAUAACAAUCUUCCUCGUCUGGGUAAUCCUCCAGCCGACAAAACCAAGAUUCAUCCUCCAAGACGCCACCGUCUUCGCCUUCAACCUCACGCAACCUAACCUCCUCACCUCAAACUUCCAAGUCACGCUCGUUAUACGAAACCGAAACUCCAGGAUCGGAAUCUACUACGACCGUCUUCACGUCUACGCCACUUACCGGAACCAGCAAAUCACUUUCCCUACGGCCAUUCCACCGAGCUACCAAGGUCAUAAAGAAGACAGUGUUUGGUCUCCUAUUAUCUACGGAAACGCCGUCCCCGUCGCUCCUUAUAACGCCGUCGCUCUCGGAGACGAGCAGAGUCGUGGGUUUGUUGAUUUGGUUAUACGCGCUGAUGGGCGCGUGAGGUGGAAGGUUGGGACUCUUAUUACCGGGAAGUAUCAUCUUCAUGUUCGUUGUCAUACUUUUAUCAAUCUUGCGGACAAAUCUAACGGAGUUAUUGUCGGAGAAAAUAUCGUUAAGUACACUGUGGACAAUCAAUGCAGUGUCGACGUUUAGAUGACGACGAAAUGGGAUACAGCUCUGACGCCGUUAAGUUUGCUUUUUCUUUCUUUAUUCACUUGUUUUUUCUGCUACUCUUUGCUUCUGUAUCGUUUAAUUUGUCUACUUUUAUCAUUAUCUCGUAAA